AGGGUGGAUAACGGGAAUAUUUUUAUUUUGAUAUUAUUUUUUUGAUGUUUUGGACAUCAAAUAGAUGUAGGUUUAUACCGUAGCCUAAAAAACUGUAAUUUUGGCCGUAGUGACUUAAUAUUUGCAGAAUUGGCGGUUACUACAAAUCCGCAAAAGUUUGUCUCCGCGAAAAUGCCGACGUUGUGAAAAACGCGAAAUAUUGUAUCCGCGAACAUGUCUAGGAAUAUAGUAUUCAGUAACAUUUAGAAUUAAUUUAUGACUUCACAUAUGACUAAAUAUAUUUAUAUAGCAUGUAAAUAGUGAAAUGAAAUGCUCCCAUAAUUUCAAUCAAUCAGUUAUUACUAAUAUGGAUGUUUAAUAUUUUUACUAAUACAAACCAGUCUAUUUUAAUGAUGGUUAAAAGCACCUAAAAAGCGAGUUUUACAACUUUGUGCAUGAAAGAUCUUAUUUAAAGAGGCUACAUAUGGGAGUUUACGAUUUAAAUGAAUAAAAUGAUGUAGCAUUACAUUUUUAAAGUUUCGGUCACUGAUAUUCUUCAUUUUAAAUGAAAAACGAAAGAUUAUACCGACUUUGAUAAAUUAAUAUAUUAUACAGUGAUAUAAUUAAAAUAUUAACCUAUUUAACCGUCCACAGUAUAAAUUACUGAAAAGCCAAAGAGCGCCCCACGCCUCGUCGUAUAUGUGAUAGUUUUCAGUUGAUAUCUAUUUGUCAAUUUGGUAAUAGAGAAAGAAUGAAGCGGUUAGAAUUUCACGUUGCGGACUACGUUGUUAUGCUAUUUUUCUUAGCAAUAUCUUCUGCAAUAGGUAUUUAUUAUGGCUUUUUCAAAAAACAAAGGACUACAGAGGAAUAUAUUCUUGGUAACAGACAAAUACAUCUUGUUCCUGUCGCUCUGUCUUUGGCAGUUACCUUCCAAUCUGCAUCAUCUAUAAUUGGAUUACCAAGUGAAGUAUAUUUAUAUAACAUUAUGGUGUUCUAUAUAACAUUUGGAAUUAUGCUCGCGAAUUUCGUGCAGGCAUUUAUCAUUGUACCGUUGAUACAUCCGUUAAGAUUGACCAGCGCUUAUGAGUAUCUAUUGCGUCGUUUCAAGUCUAGAGGUGUCCAGCUGCUUGGCAUGACCAUGGGUAUGCUGCAAACGCUUCUUUAUGUUAGUGUUGUGCUGUAUUCUCCAGCUCUAGCACUUGAGGCAGUUGCAGGGAUCCCAAUCUGGUUAUCGAUUGUAUUAAUAGGGUGUAUAGGGACUGUUUAUACAUCCAUUGGUGGUAUGCGAACAGUGAUAUGGACGGACGUAUUUCAGUUUGUGAUGCUGUAUGGGGGUAUAACUGUCAUACUCGUGCUUGGCGUGUCUAAGAUAGGGAGUUUCUCGCAUGUUUAUGAGCUGUCGAUGAAAGGCGAUCGCCUGAAAUUUGAUGAGACUGACCCCGACCCUCGGAUUCGUCAUUCUGUCUGGGGAUGUGUUAUAGGUGGUAUGUUUAACUGGCUGCCUAACUGUUGUAACCAAUCUGCAAUUCAAAGGAUAUCCUCUGUACAAACAAAGAAGCAUGCUCGAAUUGCCACACUUCUGAACAUUCCGCUUGAUUUUAUAUUUACAUCUAUCCUGAUUCUGACUGGACUUGUUUUGUACGCCUACUUUGUUACACAAGCUUGCGAUCCGUUGGAAAGUGACAAAAUUUCAAAUCCAAAUCAGGUGAGUUAAUUAAAACCAUGUUUGCUGAUGUAUAUAAGACUUAUUUAGCACAAUAGAUUGUUAAACAUACGUCUCAGUGUACUCGUAUGUACUGGUAAAAUAUUCUCUAUGUUUUCUGUAUAUUCUGUAUGAAUUAUUUCAACAGUGUGACUUUGUGAAAUUUUAAAAGAAAUUAUAUCGGAAGGUUUUGUUGUCGUUUUUGAGUUGUUGCUUUUUCAGUGUCAAUUGAUAAUACGUAUACACUAUACGUAUAUCUAUGGUGUCAAGUUGCGGUCAUUUUAAAAGAGCGAGAAUUAUUAUCAUAUUAUCACGUAUUAUCAUAACUUGUCGCGGGCAAAAUACAAACACACGAUAAUUCAUGCCGAAAUCGUACAAAAAAUGUUGCGGGGGCUUAUAUACCUUGAUAUUUUAUAACAGUUGUUGGAAACAGCAUGGAACAUUUUGACUCCAGUGGUCUUUGACACUUCAUUUUAUCCCUCGUUUGUAUAUAAAAAGUCAAGGACCAGAAAUAAAUCCGCGACAUUUUUGCAAGUGUUGUAGAAUUCUACAAAAGCCAUGGCCGCGACAUUUUGUUCCUUAUCAGAGGUCUAAUAAAAUAUCGGGCGAGUAAUAGCAAAAAUCAGCCCUCUUUUUGCCGACAUAAAAAGUCGAGGCUUCAUGCUCAAAUUCGACUUUUUACGAGGUAUGC